AUGCGGUCUUUCCUUCCUACCGCUACCGCUACCGCCCUGCUGGCUGCGGGUGUGGUGAACGCUUUUGAUUAUUCGCGCUUGGCUGCUAGCAAGAAUAAUUAUGGCGCUCCUGUGCGUUUUCACUUGACGAAUUGCAACUGGAGAGUUUCGUUCUUUGCUGACGCGUUCAGUUCCCAAACACCACGUACCCAGAUUUCGUCUCGGAGAACCCGGCGGUUGUGGCGGGUAGCAACAGCUUUCAGACCAGCCCGCCAAAGUACCCUUCGCCCUGGGUUGAGGGUCUCGGAGAUUGGGCGGAAGCCUACGCGAAGGCGAAGGCCUUUGUCAGUCAGUUGACAUUGACUGAGAAGGUUAACUUGACUACUGGAACCGGGUAGGCACUUCGUGGACUCUAAAAUCUGUUGCAGUGACGUGGUCCGCUGAUCGAUGAAUUGCUAGUUGGGAACUCGAAAGCUGCGUCGGCCAAACCGGAUCGAUUCCUCGCCUCGCUUUCCGCUCGCUCUGUCUGCAGGACAGUCCCACUGGCGUCCGUUUCGCGGAUUACAACAGCGUUUUCCCCGCCGGAGUCAACGUUGCUGCAACAUGGGACCGCAAGGUGGCUUACGACCGGGGUCGGGCUAUGGGCCAAGAGCACAAGGGAAAAGGUGUCGAUAUCCAGCUUGGAGUACGUUGCCAAAUCAGAAGAAGGUCGUGGGAAGCUUCGGUAUACUGAUCAUAACCACUAGCCCGUCGCGGGUCCUCUUGGUAGAAUCCCAGUCGGUGCACGUAACUGGGAAGGUUUCUCACCUGAUCCGGUCCUUACUGGUGUCAUGUUCGCGGAGAGCAUCAAGGGAAUCCAGAGCGCUGGUGUCAUGGCUUGUGGAAAGCAUUACAUUAUGGUACGACCCUAGCCCGCCAUUCCUCUAGCAGGAUUCAAGAGUACUGACACGCUGACUCUUUUGCAGAACGAGCAAGACCACUUCCGUCUCGUGCCUGACUCCAGCUCCUAUGGCUUCAACAUCUCCGAACCUUUCUCCUCUAACCUCGACGAUGAGACUCUGCACGAGCUCUACCUCUGGCCCUUCGCUGAUGGCGUCAAGGCUGGUGUGGCGAGCAUCAUGUGCUCUUACAAUCAGGUUUGUAGAACGAAAAUGCUAGUCUUUGGCGACUGAAGCACACGCUAACACACAGCUCUCCCUGCCAUAGGUCAACAACUCGCAAUCUUGCCAGAACUCCUACCUGCUUAACCACAUCCUCAAGGGCGAGCUUGGUUUCCAGGGGUUCGUGGUUUCGGACUGGCUCGGCACUCACUCGGGUGUCGCCUCUGUUCUCGCGGGUCUCGACAUGACCAUGCCUGGCGAGACCGACUCCUACAACAGCAUUGAGACCUGGUACGGCGGCAAUCUCACUGUCGCGGUUCUCAACGGCACCAUUCCACAGUGGCGUCUGGACGACAUGGCCACUCGUGUCAUGACGGGAUUCUUCAAGGUUGACAUGGACGUCGAGCGCGACCCGAUCAACUUUUCGUCUUGGACUACCGACACUUACGGUUAUGAGCAUUACUACGUCGAGGAAGGUGCUUUCACCCAGGUCAACUACCACGUCAAUGUCCAGGCUGACCAUGCUGCUCUGAUUCGCAAGCACGGUGCUGAUUCUACUGUCCUUCUGAAGAAUGUCAACAACGCUCUGCCUCUUACUGGAAAGGAGUCUUUGACUGCCGUCUUCGGUGAGGAUGCUGGGCCAAAUCUCGCCGGACCAAACGCAUGCUCCGACCGUGGAUGCGACAACGGGACUGUGGCCAUGGGUUGGGGCUCUGGCUCGUCUAACUUCCCUUACCUCGUCACCCCCGAUAGCGCCAUCCAGGCCGAGGUUUUGUCCCGUGGAGGCGCCUACGAGUCUUCCCUGGACAACUACGCUCUUGACACCAUGGGCAGUCUCGCUCGUCGCGCCAACGUGUCCAUCUUCUUCGCCAACAGCGAUUCUGGAGAGUGGUACCUCGAAGUCGACGGCAACCUGGGCGAGAGGAACAACUUGACCUUCUGGCAAGGUGCUGAUGCGGCGCUCGAGCGUGUUAUCGCGAACUGCUCCAACACCAUCCUCGUCAUCCACUCGCCAGGCACUCAGGAGUUGGAGAAGUACAAGAACCACCCCAACGUGACCGCCAUCCUCUGGGCCGGUAUUCCAGGCCAGGAGACUGGUAACUCCAUCACCGACAUCCUCUACGGUCGCGUCAACCCCUCCGCGAAGCUCCCCUUCACCAUCGGCAAGAAGCGGGAGGACUACGGCGUCGACGCUCUCUACACCCCCAACGCCGCCGUCCCUCAACUCAACCUCCAAGAAGGCAAGCACAUCGACUACCGCACCUUCGACGCCUUCAACAUCACCCCGACCUACGAAUUCGGUUUCGGUCUCAGCUACACGACUUUCAACUACAGCGACUUGAAAAUCACCAAGACCAACGCCUCCGCUUACGUCCCAUCUAGCGGCACCACCACAUCCGCCCCGACGUUCGGCAACUACAGCAAGAACCCGGCCGACUACCUCUUCCCUUCCAACUUCAGCCGCGUCUCCCUCUUCCACUACCCCUGGCUCAACAGCACCAAUUUCACCCUCGCGACGGGAGACCCCCACUACGGCCUGCCCGGCUUCAUCCCCGCCAACGCCACCUCUUCCGCCCCGCAACCCAUCCCCAAAGCCGGCGGCGCCCCCGGCGGCAACCCGGCCCUCUACGACGUCCUCUACACCGUCGCCUGCACCGUCCGCAACACCGGCGCCGUCGCCGGCGCCGCCGUGCCCCAGCUCUACAUCUCCCGCGGCGGGCCCUACGACGCGCCCCGCGAGCUGCGCGGCUUCGACAAGCUCUACAUCGAAGCGGGCGCGAGUGCCACGUUUGAGUAUGGCGUCACGCGCAGGGAUGUUGCGAGUUGGAGCACCGUGCAGCAGGAUUGGUUUGUCAGGGACUCCGAGAAGAGGGUUUUUGUUGGUGCUUCGAGUCGGGAUUUGUUGUUGGAGGGGGUUCUUGGGUAG